AUGGUUCGAUUGUCGAUGGGAUCAUUGGGAGCGCAGUCAAGUGGAAAAAUUAUCAAUAUGAUGACAAAUGAUGUACAAACAGUUGAUCAUCUAGGACUUGACGCACAUUUUCUAUGGAUCGGCACAUUAGAAACUAUUGUCGUAUUAGUUAUCCUUUGGUCACAUGUUGGCUUCACUAUUCUACUGGCUAUGAUAUAUACAUUGAUGGUUAUUUCUGUUCAAAUUCUUUGUGGUAAAGUUAUGCAAAUUAUCUGGACUAAGCGUGUUCAACAAACAGAUUUGCGCAUUAAGCUAAUGAAUGAAAUCGUGAAAUCGAUUCAUCUCGUUAAAAUGUACGUUUGGGAAAGACCAUUUCAACUAAAAGUUGAACGCGUACGACGCAAAGAAACUUUUUAUGUUAUUUUAAAAUCAUUGAUGAACACUGUGAAAAUAGUCAAUGGGUACUCAUUUUCAUUGAUAUUCUUUCUAAUUGUUUUCGGUCUUCUUUGGUAUCGACGUGCUCCAUUCAAUACUGACUUUUUUACUAUUGCUUUCGUACUUAUCUCCUAUCUUCGACAUACUUAUUUGCAUGGAUUUGCUACUUCAUGUGUCAAUAUAUCGCAAUAUUGGGUAGCUGUACAGCGUAUUCAGGAAUUUUUAAAUGCUGGAGAGUUUAAUCAACAGAAAAUGAUUGUUAUCGAAAAUGAAUUCAACAGUGAAAAUAAAUUAACAGUCGAUAUUCAAAAUUUAUCAUCGACUUGGGAGAGUUCUUCCUUUCAACUACGGAAUGUGACAUUUUCGGCACGUACUGGAGAAUUGAUUAUUGUUAUUGGAUCGAUUGCAUCAGGAAAAAGCUCAUUGCUCAUGACUCUACUUGGUGAAAUGAAAAUGAUUGGUGGUGCUGUAAAGUUAAAUCGAAAUGCUCGUUUUUGUUAUGUACCUCAAGAAUCAUGGAUAUUUUCUGAUUCGAUUAAAGAAAAUAUUCUUUUUGGAAUGGAAUUCAAUGAGAAAAAAUUUAAUGAAUCUAUUUAUGCUGCUGGUUUCGAUACGGGAAAUCAAUUAGCCAGUGGAACUUAUUCGCAAUUACACCAAAUGUGUCCUGAAUUCAAACAAUGGACACAGACCAACACAAACAAUCCACGUUUGGAUUCAUCAUCUGCAUCGGAUACAGCUAGUCAGUUAAACUCAUCCCCUACGCCAGAAUUCGUUACACAAUUCUCGCUAUUCGCAGGAGUUCCCACUAGUCCUGAAACAGAAAAAUUGCUGGUACCAACAACUGAGAAAUCGGUUCAAAAGCAAACAGAAGAAUUUAAGCGUAUUGGUUCAGUAAGUGGUAGCGUCUACCUUCGAUACAUUCAAGCAAGUCUUUGGGGAGUCUUGGGCAUUGCGAUCAUAUUUACACUAUUCAUGGGAACUAGUGUCCUUACUCUAUUCACCAAUUGGUGGCUAGGUCGAUGGUCAAAUGCUGAACGAAUUCGAUAUGCAUCAAAAUCAACAAAUGCCAAUUGCACUAUUGAAAAUCAUUCACCGAUUCUAAAUAUGACAAUGAAUGCAUGGUUUAAAAAACGAGAUAAUUAUUUCUACACUCUACUAGGUUAA